UCAAGGGCAGUCAUGUUUUGUAAAUAAAGUGCUCGAUGUUAUGGACUUCUGUCCUAGAAAGGAUAAAAUCAGAAUUUUUGAUGGUUUGUUAAUUGUUCAUAAAGUGCUGGAGGAAUCUGGCUAUCCAACAAGUUGAAUUAGGAAGCACAUUUUAACUGGAUAGUAGUUCAACCAGGUACAAAUCUUAAUUUAAUAGUACAGUCGUUUAACCUCCAUUAUGUGGGAUGUUGAGAUCAGGGGCAUGGCAUCAGCCCAUGUCAUCAUUGCGUCCUCCAUCUUCAUGGCAACUGUAGUGCCCUCUGUGUUGGUGGAAAACUUCUCUGUUUACGGGACUCACAUGGUUUGGCUGUAUUCUGUGGCCGGAUCUGUUGCUGUAGUCAACAUUGCAGUGUUUUGGCUUCUAGGCAUCAGUCCACCAACAAAGAAAAACACACUGAGCUUCAAGAUCAAUAGAUUGUUGAGAUCCUGUCUGUACUUUCUACUGUCAUGCCUCUUUUUUCAUAGUGUGGUUGUACUGUAUGGCGCACCUCUACUAGAGUCUGCCUUGGAGACGUUUUCUCUGGCCGUGCUACUGUCGACACUUACUACAUUGAGAUGCUUGUGCAUACUGGGCCCUAACAUACAAGCGUGGAUCCGGGUUUUCAGCAGAGAUGGGGCGAUGUCAGUGUGGGACACCUCUCUUCAGAUUACCACUGGCUGUAGUGUGGUUGGGGCCUGGCUGGGAGCUUUUCCUAUUCCUCUCGACUGGGACAGACCCUGGCAGGUUUGGCCCAUCUCCUGUACCCUUGGAGCAACUACUGGAUUUCUGACUGGCCUUCUCACUGCUCCUGUCUGGAUCCACUGGCAUCGCAAACUGCUCACCUACAAACUUAAGUGAGGAAAAGGUCUCAAAGUUAUAGGCCUUUAGGAACUGAAAGAGUGAAAGAGAUCCAGGCUUGUUUAAAAAUAGAGAGAGAGAAAAAUAAAUAAACUAUUGUCCUUCCCAGUGCCAGGUCCAUGUCCAUGCGGACACUCAGAGGACACAUUUCCAACAAAAUAUAAAAAACUGUUGUUGUGAGUUUGUUUUUUUCUUUGAUGAAUAGAAUAUUUUGUUUAUUGUAUGCUCCUCAUGGCAGUUUAUUUAUUUUAUAUUUUUAUCUUCUUGUAAAUGCUGACUAAGAAAUGCUGUAAAAUGUUUUACAAACCAAAACUGAAAUGCACAGUUUCCCCUUUUCCAGUUAAAUAAAGUCUUACUUCUGUAAAUGACUGAUGGGUUUGGCUGAGCUGUUUAGGCUGUCUGGGUUUCCUCCUUCAAAUGUACUCCUGCUCACAGAGCCAGACACGAAAAUGCAGAUGGGUUUUUAAUCAAUAGUAGGGGUUUCUCAGACAUUUGUGUCUCUUUCAUUUCUGUGUGCUUGAUUGUGAAAUAAGUUAUGAUCUCUCAUCAUUUUCCUGGUAUACCACCUCAAAGUAUAAUGUUUUUGUGUUGUUUGUCCCUGAACAUCAUGUUUUAUGUCAGUUGAUCUUGUCACCCCCCACACCUCAGUUCAUAAUAGCUGUUUUCUCAGUUGUAGAGAUUGUAAUAUGGUUGUCAGUUGGACUUGGAAUAACCAUCAUUUGUUAUGGGUUCUUGCUCUCUUUCUCGUGGAU